AUGAGCUUGUUGUCUGCCAUAGACACGAGUGCCUCCGUGUACCAGCCUGCGCAACUCCUCAACUGGGUCUAUCUCUCCUUGCAAGACCCCCACCAGACCAGCGCCUUUGACGCAUUCAGACCCGAACCCAACUCUUCCCACCCGGAUCUCAGUUUCAGCAAGACUCCCGCAGCGGCGGACUUGAGCUCUUCCCUGAACUCCAACUAUCUCAACAACUUCUUUCAGCUGCAGAGGAAUGAGGCCUUAAACAACAACGUGUACAAGAAUGUGUCACCCUAUGGCUCCCUGAACAACAUCGUGGAUGGGCUCAACUCCCUGACGGACCAUUUCUCAGACCUUUCCCUCUCUUCAGAGCCAAGAAAACCAAACAAAAGACCCCCGCCUAACUACUUAUGCCACCUGUGCUUCAACAAGGGCCACUACAUCAAAGACUGCCCUCAGGCCAGACCCAAAGGUGAAGGGCUGACACCCUACCAGGGGAAGAAGCGAUGUUUUGGAGAGUACAAGUGCCCCAAGUGUAAGAGGAAGUGGAUGAGUGGCAACUCCUGGGCCAACAUGGGACAAGAAUGUAUCAAAUGCCACAUCAACGUCUAUCCACACAAACAGCGCCCCUUAGAGAAGCCGGACGGCCUGGAUGUGUCUGACCAGAGUAAGGAGCACCCGCAACACCUGUGCGAGAAAUGUAAAGUCCUGGGCUACUACUGCCGCCGUGUGCAAUAAUCAUCUUUAAUCAGAGAAAGAGUCAGAGAGCAACUUUUGUGUCCCAAGUCCUAUUGCUCAUUCUCCAUCAAGGCUGUUAACUUCCUCACUUUACAUCAAGGUUUCCCUCAUCCCUGCCCUGCACACAGCAUGGCAUCCUUUCCUCCUCACGUCUUCCCCUCCUUCUCUCAGAUGCCUCAAAUAUAGACAGUAGCUCUAAUCCUUCCUGUCCCUCUUCUCAACCACCCGUGGAUUUUUAAUCAUUAUUAUCAUUAUUUUUUCCCAAUGACAGUAUUGAAGAUUUCAUCCAGGAAUGAGAUGUUAACUUAGGAUCAAUCUCUCAAAAGUGCUCUUCAUCAAAAGCAAAAACUCGCCAAAAUCAGUGACUUUUUGUGCCUCAUGCAUCAGAAACCACAUAACCCCACUGAUCCAACCUGAUGUUUAACAACAGCUAAUCAUAUAUCGAUGAAUUAGCGUCAUUUGAGUCACUGACAGUAUUGGUCUCAAUAGAUUACCUCACCUUGGGGUUUGUUGGCUUUGUGUUUACAGAGAUCUGCCUUCCAUUUCCCUGCCAAGUGAAGUGUGUGGUAAUGUGACGAACGUUUAACCCGGGCCUCUCAUGACGGUAUAAUGUAUUCGAGGCCUUUGAUGUCUUGCCGUAUUUGGGUCAACAGCACAUCUUAUUAACUGUGAAUUAACUGAGGGACAAUGUGCCAUACAUCCCUAGCUUACAUUUGGCCUAUUUAUUUUCUUGUUGUCUAGUGUGCAAUUUGAAUUUUAACUGGGACAUAAAGAAAUGUUUUUGUAUGUUUGUAUAUCACAUGAUUGUGUAACUGCUUCCACGUGUCUUUAGAAACUACUGUAGGUUCAGUCGCUCCUCUUCUAGAUUUAGUGCGUUGCUAACAGAUAAGGUUUCAUUCACCCUCCCUGAAGUAUUUUUGUUGCCACACAAAUUCUCAGUUAUCUAUAGUGUUAGAUAGGUGUUUAUGUUAGAUAGGUAAGUUGUGUUAAUUUUGAAAUCACAAGAAGGUCAGCUGAGAAGGAAAACAGCUCUAGUUUUAGUAACAAUAAUCUUGCCGUCCACGCAGUUUGAGUUGAAUAUUCAGUUUUUCAAAGCACUUGAAAAAAAAUCAACUGCUUGCCACAUUUUGAUUGCAAUUAUAAAACAGGAUUUUAGAAGUUUAAGUGUUCACACGUAAAGCCCAUAGACUGUUUAUAAAGAUGAGCGACUUCUAUCCACUUCUUCCAAAAUAUUCCGACACUGGCGCUGCCAUCUAGUACUGGUGACGUCAUUUGGAGCCUGAGUCCGCACUGUAGCGAUAUGCAAAUGUAGCCAUAGUAUCUACGGUCCGCCUCUAUACCCAUCUGACUCAAUUGUGAGUCAACCCCCUUUUUAUAGCAUCAAAUAACUAAUUAAAACCAAACUUAAGGGGGAUUUAUACUUGUGCAUCAGCUGUAAGC